AUGAUCCGCCUCCGCAGCUGCGUCCUCACCCGCCUCCUCUCCUCGCCCUCCGCACCGCCCACUCCAUUCCGCCCCCACCGCCUCCUCUCCGCGGCCCCGCUAGCCGUUUCCCCAAACCCUAGCUUCGCCGUCGAGGACUACCUCGUCGCCGCCUGCGGCCUCACCCGACCACAGGCCGUCAAGGCCUCCGCCAAGCUCCCCCGCCUCAAGUCCCCCGCCAAGCCCGACGCCGUGCUCGCCUUCCUCGCCGGCCUCGGCCUCUCCGCCGCCGAUGUCGCCGCGGUCGUCGCCAGGGACCCCAGGUCACUCUGCGCCAGCGUGGAGAGAACCCUGGCGCCCGUCGUCGUCGGGCUCUCUGACCUCGGGCUAUCGCGCUCCGACAUUGCGCGCCUUGCCUCGCUCGCCGUCCACAGAUUCCGCAAAGAAGACACAGUCUCCAAGCUGCAGUACUACCUGCACCUUUUCGGCUCCUCGGAGAACCUCCUACGGGCCAUGAAGUUCUGCGAUUUCCUCUCGCACAGCCUCGAGAGGGUGGUCAAGCCCAAUGUCGUCUUCCUGCGUGAGUGCGGGUUAGGUGCUUGCGAUAUUGCCAAGCUGUGCAUCCAAAGACCGAGGAUGAUCACCGCCAACCUGCAGCAUCUCCAGGCGAUGGUGGCAUGCGCCGAAAACAUAGGUGUGCCCCGUGGUUCUGGGAUGUUCAGGCACGCGCUGCAUGCCGUUGCGUUCAUGAGCGAGGCGGAGAUUACAGCCAGAGUGGAGUACCUGAAGAGCACCUUCACGUGGACCGAUGCUGAGGUGGGCAUUGCUGUUUCUAGGGCUCCAUUGAUGCUGACAAGGUCAAAGGAAUCGCUGCAGCGUAGGUCUGAGUUCUUCAUCUCCGAGGUGGGCUUGGAACCGUCCUACAUUGCUCAGCAGUCGGUAUUACUCGGUUACAGCCUAGAGGCCCGGCUCAGGCCCCGGUACUACGCUGUAAAGUUUCUCAAGGAAAAUGGAUUGCUCAAGCGCGACCCGAGCUACUGUACUGUUUUCAAGGAGACUGAGAAGGUAUUCAGGGAGAAUUUUAUAUGCCCUCACAAGGAAGCUGCACCACACCUCGAAGAGGACUAUGAUGCCGCCUGUAAAGGAGAAGUGCCGACUAAUUUCAGAUUCACAUGAGCCAAUAACAGGCUAUAACUAUGAGCUGCUUGUCUGCUGCUGUAUGUCUCCUAGAUGCUGGGUUGUUGCUAAUGUGUGAUUAAACUGAUAAUUUGGUUCCUGAAUAUUGUUAUAUAAUGCCAUCAUUCAGCAGAGAAGAAACCAUGGAUUGAUUAUGAA